CUCAUUGGCUCCGGACAACCUCACGCGAGGGACCCACUCUCGUACCAUGGGCCAUUUUCCCUCGGAUUACUCUGCACGGUAUGCGCACUAUGUGCUUUGAUGGAGACCUCGUGCUUACCGAUCCCUGGAGAAAUCACUCACUUCACAGGCGUCAUUGGACGUAUGCGAUGAAAGCAUCCCCCCGGUCUCCUCUUUCGUGGUGUCAUCCGUGGGCCUCCGCCAUUCGGGAAAGUUACAUUCACACUUCACCUCGACCAGAAUGCACUGAUCACCACGUGUUGUAGCAACGAUUUUUCCGCGAGCAGGUGGGUCAGCCUGGGAGGUAUAAGAUCAACCCGAGCUGCUAUACGUUCUCCCAAACGAAAAGAAAGCUGACUGCUUCUCAUCACAAAAGAAAACGACAAUCAACAAGUUGUAUCACAUCUACUCACACAAAUUAUGGGGUCUUUCAAAGUCCCAAAGUUCCAGAAGCCCACGCGGGAAUCUCUGGGCUUGACCAACUACGUCUCCUACGCAAAAUACGAUCCGCAUAGCGGAGAUUCUACCGAUGCAAGAAAGUCCCUAUCACAUUUGGACUAUAGCCCGUUGCGACGAGUAACAUGGGAGUCCUUCUGGAUGGGCAUGCUCGUGUCGAUGGGUGGUUUCAUCUUCGGUUAUGAUACCGGUCAGAUUUCGGGAUUCUUGGCCAUGCCGGAUUUCCUGAAUCGAUUCGGUCAACAUCACAGCGAUGGAACCGCUUACUUCAGCAACGUCAGGUCUGGUCUCAUCGUGGCCAUGCUCUCAAUCGGUACAUUGAUCGGCGCUCUUGUGGCAGCUCCCAUUGCCGACUUCAUUGGCCGAAAGCCCUCGGUCACAUUGUGGUGCUGCAUCUUCGCGGUCGGCAACAUCGUCAUGAUCUCGUCGGAACACCACUGGUACCAAAUCAUGAUGGGCCGUUGGGUGGCAGGUUUGGGCGUGGGUGCCCUAUCUUUGCUCGUGCCCAUGUAUAUGGCCGAAACCGCCCCUCGACACAUUCGUGGAGCCCUGAUCAGUACAUACCAACUUUUCAUCACGUUCGGUAUCUUCCUGGCCGCAUGUAUCAAUUUUGGAUGCUACGAACACCAAAGAGGCAAUGCAUCAUCCUGGCGUAUCCCCAUGGGCCUCGCUUUCGUCUUCGCCUUUAUCCUCGGAGCGGGCAUCCUGAUCUUCCCCGAGACACCCCGUUACCUUUACCGCAAGGGCCAGAAGGAGGAAGCCAAGAAGAUCAUGCUCAAGGUCUACGGAGCGUCCGAAAACCACUACAGCGUCCACGUCGAACUCGAAGAGAUCGAGGCCAAGCUCCGCGCCGAGAACAAGCAGGACGGCGUCAUCCAGGAAUGGGUCAACAUGUUCAGAGCACCCAAGAUGGCGUACCGGAUCCUCCUCGGUGUCGCCCUGCAGAUGUUCCAGCAACUCACCGGCGCAAACUACUUUUUCUACUACGGAACGGUCAUCUUCAAGGCCACGGGCAUCAACAACUCGUUUGUCACGCAAAUGAUCCUCAACGGAAUUAACUUCGGCACAACCUUUUACGGAUUAUACAUCGUAGAGCACUACGGACGUCGUCGUUCGUUGAUUGUCGGCUCAUUUUGGAUGUGUGAGUAUCCCCCUGAGGCUUUACCAAAAUAUCAGCCUUGUCAUGUGACAAGGCUGUGUUUAUUGGUAAAGGCUUAGCAUAUCAUGUGACAAAUCUUUUACAGACUGCUAACAGCCAAUCACAGUCCUCAUGUUUAUGAUCUUUGCUAGUAUCGGCCAUUUCUCCCUUGACCGCAACAAUCCGCAAAGCACCGAAUCUAGUGGCACUGCUAUGAUUGUCAUGGCGGCUUUCUUCAUUUUUGGUUUCGCAACGAGUAAGUUUUUGGACAUGAUCUGUCACUUCUACGAUGAUGAAAAGAAGAUUACUGACAUACUUGCCUUCUUCUAGCUUGGGGACCUAUGAUCUGGACCAUCUGCGGUGAACUCUACCCGUCCCGCUACCGUGCCAAAGGCAUGGCCCUGUCGACCGCCUCGAACUGGCUGUGGAACUUCCUCCUCGCCUUCUUCACCCCCUUCAUCACCGGCGACAUUGAUUUCCUCUACGGUUACGUCUUCGCCGGGUGUAACCUGCUGGGUCUCCUCCUGAUCUACUUCUUCGUCAUCGAGGGUCAAGGUCGGACCCUGGAGGAGAUCGAUUCCAUGUACCUCCUCAGCGUAAAACCUUGGGAGAGUCGGAAAUGGGAGGCCCCUCCACCCGACGAGAUCGCCAGGAUCAGAAGGGAGGCCGGUACCGGGAACGGCGUCGCUGAGGCCGGAGAGAUUCAACCGGCGGCCACAACGGCCGGCGAUGAAGCCGCUGCUCGCAACAGUACCGAUGCCGAAAAGGAACUCGAGCACAGAGAGUAAAUCUCAGAGUGUGUGUGUAUGGGGUUGAAGAGGCGCUUCAACUCUCGAUGCGUGAAAGGUAUAGUAAUGUCGGUGUGAGUGUGAGAGUGAGUGAGUACCUUUUUACGUAUCGGAGUUUUUUGAGGUGAGACUGAAGAAGUAAUGUGAAACAAGGAAGAAAUGGGUGAAGUAUUGUUUGAGCAAUUUCUUGAUGAUGAUACCCCCCGGCAGAGAAGGAAUCUAUAGCCACAUUGGUCAAUGGUGACUUUGUGUGCCGAGUCAUGGACUUUUUAUUUGUGUAACUGUGUCAUGAUACCACGAUCGUUUUUGGAAAAACAAAGAGAGCUAGAUAAGAGAGAUAUACCUCGCAUUUUAAUAUAUCCUAAUAUACCUGAUAUAAAACCA